AUGUCGUUCACGCAGCGCGCGCCUCAGGUUGUGGAGCUCGGGGAGCCUGCUUCCCCUUUACCGCCUCCUGACGACCCUGAUUCCCCACCACCCCGUAGUAAGCGGCCCCGUCUUGAGGAGCCCGGUGGUGUUUCUGAGGCGGGGUGGAGGCUGCCUUUGGUGCCUCGCUUGUCUGAGGCGGAAAAAGUCUGGGAGUCGUCGGCCAGACCCUUCAAGGCGCUCCUGGUUUCAGCUAAGGAGAUUUUUGAUAACUCCACAGACUCGCGUGUGGAGAAGUCUGUCGGUGAGAGGCAGAUGUGUAAUCUGGGAUGCCGAAAUAGCAGGUUUGAGAUGAAGAGUUGUUUGUGGUCUCUCCCCUCACAAAGUUUUGAUUCUGGUUUGAAGGCUUCUAGAACGUCUUGUGAACCAGGGCUGUAUGACAGAGAGCCCUUCGGUGUGCAUUGCAGUGAUAGAUCUGCAACAGAGGCUGGUCAGCUGCCCAACGCCUCUAUACAUGAUGGACAGGCAAUUAAAAACGAGGAUGGAAAACGAUAUUUACUCCAGGGAAGAGACAAUAGCCAGGAGGACAAUAAUUGCACAAAACAGACAGAAAAUUCAUUUUUAGAUGUUACCUUUUACAAGGAAACCAAAUCAACUUUUCAUGAUAUUAAGAACAGAUGUAAAGCUGACAGCGUUAUGCCAUCAAAUAAAAAAGAAAAUAGCAUUUCAGCAUCUACACUAAAAAUAUCAAAAUCUCAAACCCAGCCCAGCAUGGAAAUUGGCAAACCCAGCUAUUUUAGAGAUUGCAGCACGAUAAGUAUCCCUGAGUUUCCAACUGAUUUAAAUAGCAAAAUGUCUUCUGUCUAUUUAAAGGAAAUAAUGAAGAAAAAUGACAAAAAUGAGGCAUGUGUGAGGGAUUUCACAAACAUUCACUGGUCCCAAAAUAGAUCUGAUGUUAAGAAGCAAAAGUUACAGGAUGAUAAAAAAACUGUGGAUGCAGAAAAUAUUUUUUCUGAAUGUUAUGGAAGUAACCACCAGUCACUCAGCAACCAAAGUGUUCGUGCGAGAAAAAAAGACUUGAUCAGUUUACACUACUAUAAUCACUGUAGUAUCAAGUCUGAUGCAAUGGACUCUGCAAAGAAUUUCACCAUAAAACUAGAAAAUGCAAAUUGGGAAGAGGCAGAAACAUGCCUGGACAGCUACAUAUCUACCAGAUCGGAAAAACUGAAAAGCUGGGACUGUAACAUUAUUUUGAGAAAAAAUAGGAAAAAUUGUUGGAUUAUGGAUAGUUACAAAACUAAAUGUGAAAAUAUGAAAACAACUGGAGAAAUAUUGAAUUUGCAGCCAUUAUUAGAAACAGAUCUUUUAAGCAAAGAAAAUUAUCACAAUACAGAAGUCAUGAAAACACAUGAAGGAAAAUCAGAGCCUCUCAUGAUAGAAACACUGGGUAGUCAAAAAACUUUAAUAAACAUUUUUUGGUUAAAAGGUAAAGGAGAAAACGAUAAUAUGCUACAGUUGAGAUGUUAUACUACACAAAAAGACUUUCAUUUAAGCAGUAUUUUUGAAAAUUUCAUUACAGGAAUUUUUUAUUUCCUUAAAAGUAUUUCAGGAAAUCAAAAAGAUAAUAAUAUCUUAACCUGGUAUGGAAUUUUGAAGUGUAAAAAUCAAAUUGAUGUUCAAAAUUUAAUAACUGGGAAUAUGAAUGUCAAUAGAAAUAAUGAUAUUUUAAGCAUAUAUUUACAAACCAGUGUUUUAGACCUUCUAAAUACUAUAUUGAGAACCAACAUAAUAACAUCUUUGCUCAAUAACUUUGACUCUUUAACAAUAAUUGGAAAUGAUUCUAAAUUAGAAGAGGGAUGCAUUUUCAAAUGGGUAAUAUAUUUGAAUUAUCCAAAAAACGUUACAGUGAAAAAACGUAUCAGUUCCUCCAGUAUGACGAUUAAAAACAUACACUUUCCAAUUUUUGAAACAUAUGAAAAAAUUCCCCUUUUAAUGGACUUUGAUGACAUCGAUGAAAUUUUUUUGACAAAAGAAAUUAGUUACAAGAAUAGGAGUCGUCCUGAACGACUCAUGAGUGUGGGAAACUGGGUGCACUGUAGUCCUAAAACUGUUAAAACACAUGUUAAGUCUUGUCCUCAAUUUUUACAGAUCCAGAAAUAUAUUAAUAAAAAAACUUAUGAAAUAAAUAUGCAGAACCAAGAUUUAUAUUCUGAAGGAAAACAAAAGCAUAAUAAGAUCAACAGAUUUAAUUUUAAAUGCAUAUUUGAAGAUUUCUUCAAUAUUAAGCAACAGGCUUUACAGGCAAGCCACGACAAAAAACACAAUGAACAAACCAAUCUGACGACUAUAACUCCGGUGCUAACUUUUGGGGACUUGAUAAGUGAAAUUGAAGAAAAAAAAUAUGACUUAAUUUUGAAGGAGGAAGUAAAAGUCACAGCACAAAGUUUAACAAACAGUUGCCAAGUUCAUGAAGAUAUUAAGAUAGAAAAGGAAGAGAAAAAGAGUUUUUAUUCAACGGAAGGCAUAUUUUUUGUGCAACCAGUUUCAUUAAUGUGUAAGAAAGUAGGUGUGGAAGAAACUAAAUAUGUUAAUCGAAAUAAUGUAGCUGACAGAAAUGAAUCUGAGAAUAUUUUUCAAGAAAGUGAGUUAGCUAAUUCAAAGCAUUUUCAUCCAAAGAAUGACUCUUCAGAAUGUUUUAAUCUUCAAUUUGAAACUCAUUUGAGUGUAGGGAACAAUGAAUGUUUUCAGGACUUAUCUGCCAAGUGUUUAUCAAGAGACGCUCUGACAAUAGUAAACGAUUUUGAGAUGAAGAGUAAAUUUGAUUUAGUACUUGAAGAACUUCAUAUGUUUCAUGAAAUUAGUACGGAAAAUGAAAUUCUAAGCACUGUGGAAACCAACAAUGGGCAAGAAAAUUACUUUGUAGAAAAUAAUGAUGUUGAGGAGGUAAAAAUGGAGAUUAAAAAAGGUUUGAAAAUGGGUACAGAAAACAAAAUAUGUUCAUCUUCUUUGCUCUGUGAUACGAUAGCAGGUCCUAAUAUGCGUAAAAAACACCAAAACUUGUUUAAAUGGAAAAAAGUACCCAAAAAUGGAGAGCAGGAAGUUCCUAAUGAAUAUUGCUGUCUAAGAACAUCAGAGGAAGAAUUACUCUAUUCUACUUCUAAGGAAGGUUGUGAAAAACCUUCACCUGAAAGACCAGCUUUUUUCUCUGAUGAAUUUAAGGAAGAAAAAUUUAAUUAUUUACUGAAGGGAGGUGGCAACUUUUCAUGUGGAAUUUCAAGAGUUCUACCUCUUAAGACAUGCAGUCGACCAAUCAGAAUUGGUUUGUCAAGAAAAGCUAAGCUUAAACGACUUCAUCCCUAUCUGCAAUAAAUAUGUUACGAGAACUCAGAACAAGAUGGCUGGGGCUUCCCUGGUGGUGCAGUGGUUGAGAGUCCGCCUGUCGAUUCAGGGGACACGGGUUCGUGCCCCGGUCCGGGAGGAUCCCACAUGCCGAGGAGCGGCGGGGCCCAUGAGCCACAAUUACUGAGCCUGCGCGUCUGGAGCCUGUGCUCCGCAACAGGAGAGGCCGCGAUAGUGAGAGGCCCGCGCACCGCGAUGAAGAGUGGCCCCCGCUGGACGCAACUGGAGAAAGCCCUCGCACAGAA